AGAUUUACAUGAAAGAUGAAUUCAAGUGGCGGUGAAGAGGUGAAGUUGGGGAAUGGAGUUGUUGGGAUUUUAGCUGAAACAACUAACAAAUGGGAGAGACGAACGCCUCUGGCGCCGUCGCAUUGCGCUCGCCUUUUACAUGGUGGUAAAGACAGAACCGGCGUUUCCCGCAUUGUGGUUCAGCCAUCUGCUAAGCGUAUCCAUCAUGAUGCCUUGUAUGAAGAUGUCGGAUGUGAAGUUUCUGAUGAUUUGUCUGAUUGUGGGCUUAUACUCGGAAUCAAACAACCUGAGCUAAAGAUGAUUCUUCCUAAAAAAGCAUAUGCUUUCUUUUCCCACACUCACAAGGCUCAGAAAGAAAACAUGCCUUUGUUGGAUAAAGUAAGACACUUUUAUGAUUCAUCCUUGUGUGACUAUCUGCUCAUCGUUGGGGAUCAUGGGAGAAGAUUAUUGGCAUUUGGUAAAUAUGCAGGCAGAGCUGGUCUUGUUGACUUCUUACACGGGCUGGGUUAUAUGUUUCUUACUCAUCCGCAGUUUCUCUAG